CAAAGUAUAGGCACCAACACUGGUGGUGGUCGUCGUGAUGCUAGCACAGUUUCCACUGUCCAGAAGAUGCCUCACAAGGUCAGGAAAAUGACGGAUCUGGAAGUGCUAUCCCAUGUACAGGCUUCGAAACAUCAUGCUACAGAGCUGAGAGAGAUUGGCCAGCUAUGGCAGCUGAGGGUGCUUGGUGUUGUCAUUUAUGACUGGAAAGCUCAACUUGAGAACCUACUCCAAGGGAUCAGCGAUCUGAAUGAGUGCCUUCAGUCUCUCUCAAUUGAGAUCAAGCCUCUACCUGUCACUGCCAGCAAGGCUGCUACUCCUCAUGACAUCCCUGCAGCCGAUGCUAUCAGUGCCCACUGUAAAAACACACCCAAGCUUCUUGAAAGCCUGAGCAUCAGUGGAGUGACAAUGUAUGGGCGUCUUCUCCAAUUGUUCGCUAGAGACUGCUGCAAACUUGCCAAGGUAACUCUCCAUAACACAUUGUUGGAUCAGGAUGAUAUGGAAUCCCUCGCAGAUUUGCCCAACCUACGUGGCCUCUGGCUCUGCCAUGUUAAUUUACACACUGGGGGCAAGCUUAUAAUCCAGACCAAUGGGUUCCAAAAUCUCAAGUAUCUUGCUGUUGAAGGGGGCGGCAUCACUGAUAUCGACUUCAAACCUGGAGAAGCUCCUAAGCUUGAAAAACUCGUCUGGCAUGUCGACGGGGUAGAGUCUCUCUCGGGAAUCAACAACCUUCCCAAGUUGAAAGAAAUAAUGUUCAAUGAUGGUGUCACGCUACCAGAUCAGGUGAAACAAGCCAUAGAAGAUCAUCCAAACUUCAUUGAUGAUAACAUUUUACCUUACACGGUGGUCCAUCUAUUCAGCAGGAUUGCUUCGCCCAUUCACUCUAAUGACGACGAUGGUGAUGACAAAGUGUCCUCUGCAGACCAAGAUGAAAAGUAUGACGAGGAUGAAGAUGGCAGAUCCAAGCAGGAGGUUUCAGAUACCAACCAAGAGAUAUCUCAUGUCCCGAUAGAUGAGGAGGAGACGGCGACGGCGAGUCAACCUUGAACCUUGAACCUUCAUUCAAUCAUGCUUGCCACCAAGUUUAACUAUGCGCUGGUGGUACUCUUGAUGCCUUCUACAAUCUUAUUGCCGAUUGAAAGGAAUAAUUCUCAGGCUUCAUUCAUCCAACAAUGCAAAAACAAAAUGGCUAUUUGCUUUUAGCAUUAGAGAAGAAAUUAAAAAAAAUGUUUACUUUC